CACUUCGUCGUCCAGUGUAUAAUCGCCAUCUUCCUUCGUGACGCUGUGGUCGACGAUAAAACCUGCAAACAUCCGGGUCCUCGUCUUCGUCCUCGUCCCCCCCAACUCCAGAGUCCAGACCAUGUCGCUCAACCUAGAGAAGCAGCUCGUUUUCUACGGUGCCUACCACCACAACAGUGUCAAUGUUGCGAUCCAUAUGGUCUGCGUGCCGCUGAUUCUCUUCUCAGCAUUCACCUUGGCUUCGAACACCGGCUCUCUCCUCCAUCUGCCCCAGUGGCUCUCGAUUCCUUACCUAGAGCCGAACCUAGGCACGUUUGCUGCCUUCAUCUGGGGUGGCCUAUAUGUUCUCCUAGAGCCCGUCGCCGGGACAGUCCUGGCGGUCAUAUGUGUUGCGGCGGCGGCUAUCGGCAACCAACUGAGAAUUGAUUACCCGACCACAACCAACCAAACGGCCAUUGCCAUUCAAAUUGUCGCGUGGCUCUUGCAAUUCGUCGGCCAUGGAAAGUUUGAAGGCCGGGCACCCGCUCUGUUGGACAACCUCUUCCAGGCUAUCUUCCUCGGUCCAUUGUUCGUAUGGCUGGAGCUGCUCUUCACGCUGGGCUACCGGCCAGCACUUCAAGGUCGUGUGAGCAAGGCUGUUGACGCCGAGCUAGCCAAGUUCAGGGCGAAGAAGGCACUCAAGAAUGGAAAGGCAACAUAGGGGCACCACGGCAAUCGUAUUCUUCGGCCAGAUAGCUUCAUGAAUGCUUUAUGAAGCGGCGCCGGCCAUGGUGGAGAACAGCACUUGGGCGGAGUUGAAUAUACGUUGGCUGUGGAUUAUCCCACAGGCAUCGCAACCACCUCCUUGUCGAGAAUCAAGCCGUCCAAGUCUGUAUACAAUCCUGGGACUACACCUGCAGAUUUGUCACGAUGUCAAGACCACGCACCAGGGGGCUCGGCUCGGCUCAGUGGGAACCCCCUAUCAUUAUACCCUGAGGGGACAUC